AUGGAACAAGCUUGGGGUCCCCGCAAAUCAGCUCGUUCUCAAGGAGAGAAUGCACCAGUUGGAAACUCAAAGCUCGUUCAAUUGCAGAGACUGAACUCGUCGACGUCGAUGCUCGGAGGAGGCCCUGCUUCAGCUUCGAUCCUGACCACGCCCACAACGACCAAUGGACCUUCAAUUUCUGGCGGCGCAUUGGAUUUUGGUAGUCGAGGAGGCGAAUCAGGACAUCAUAGUUCAAAGACGGCAGUAGGAUCAUCAGGACACUCUGGGAUUUCUUCGUCUGCCGGCGCGGGUUCUGGAAUCGGAUCGGGUGCUGUUUCUACGGCAGCGGUACCUUUGUCGACAGCAUCAGCAACUGGAUCAACAAUAGGAGGAGUCGGAGCGGGGGUCAGUGGUGCGGGCACGACGGCAACGGCGUUGCCUUCCGGAUCGCUUCAUCCUUUACACUUCAACUGGGUCUUUUGGUUCAUGCAUCGUGCCCCAGGAAGCAAGAUCUUGAACUAUGAGAGCUCUAUGAAGAAGAUCGCGACGUUUGGAUCGGUCGAGGAUUUUUGGGCAGUGUACUCUCACCUCAAACGACCACACGAAUUGCCGAACGUGAGCGAUUAUCAUUUGUUCAAGCAAGGAGUGCGGCCAGUCUGGGAGGAUACGACAAAUAUCAACGGCGGUAAAUGGAUUGUUCGACUCAAGAAAGGACUCGCUAGUCGCUAUUGGGAGAACUUGAUAAUGGCGGUGAUUGGCGACCAGUUCGAUGUUGGAUCCGAGAUUUGUGGCGUGGUGCUUUCGAUUCGUGGAGGGGAAGAUAUCUUGUCUUUAUGGAACCAGUCGGCGCAUGAGGGACGGAUCAACCUGAAGAUUAGAGAUACGAUGAAGAGAGUACUGAAUCUGCCUGCGGAGACGAUCAUGGAGUACAAGACACAUAACGACGCAUUGAAGGACAACACGAGCUUCAGAAACACCGAUGUCUUCAGGUGA